UCAGAUCAGACAGAGGACUCCUGGACAAAGCCGCUGCUUGCUAGCUGCUUCUCUGGCUCAGAAGACGAGGAAUUCGGGUGCAUGGCCUUUUUCUUUUUCUAAGAGCCAACAGUCUGGGUCAUCUGUGUCUUUGUCCCCUAAGAAGUGGAAACCCAGAGCUGUGUCCAUGGAGCCCUGCCGGUCCCUGGCCCUGUUUGCUGGCUCUCUGGGCCUGACUUCUUCUCUGAUUGCUCUGACCACUGAUUUCUGGAUAGUGGCCACAGGUCCUCACUUCUCUGCCCACUCUGGCCUCUGGCCAACAAGCCAAGAGACUCAAGUAGCAGGUUAUAUCCAUGUGACACAGAGCUUCUGUAUCCUGGCUGUCCUGUGGGGCCUGGUGUCUGUGAGCUUCCUGGUUCUGUCUUGCAUCCCAGCCCUGUCUGCUCCCGGCCGUGGCCCUCUGGUCUCAACUGUCAUGGCUUUUUCUGCAGCUCUCUCCAUAUUAGUGGCUAUGGCAGUGUACACCAGUAUGAGAUGGAGCCAGACUCCAUUUUCUCAAGUCCAGACAUUCUUCUCCUGGUCCUUCUACCUAGGCUGGGUCUCCUUCAUCCUCUUCCUCUUUGCAGGCUGCCUGAGCCUGGGUGCUCACUGUAGAACCCGUCGGGCUGAGUAUGAAACCUUGUGAACAGCAGCCAAGGACAGCAGGGUCAUCAGGAUGUUUGGAGCCUGUCCUCUCAGGAGCUACAAAAGGAAUGCAGAAUUCUGUCUCUGUCCCUCCCACCUUGCCUUAUCCUUCAUUGGUUUCUUCACACACUCAAUAAAGAAGCAUGCUUG